AGGAGCAAUAAUAAUGCAAUUAUCCAAAAAAAAGAAAAAAUGAUAUCGUCGUCGUCGUCCUCUUCUUCUCCUUCGACUUCACCUCUCCCAUGGCGUGAGGAGAGGAGCAAAUGGGCGGAGAGGGUCUCCGACGCAGCACUCUCCCUCUACCGCUCCCUCCCCAAGAAGGGGAAGCCCCAGGGGCGCGAGUCCACGGUGCUCGCCGCGUUCCUCAUCUCCUCCCCCUCCCACGAUCUCGACGUCGUGGCGUUGGGGACCGGGACCAAGUGUAUCGGGGGAUCUCUCCUCAGCCCCAGGGGCGACGUUGUCAACGACUCGCACGCGGAGAUCAUCGCUCGGAGAUCGCUCUUGAGGUAUUUUUACUCAGAAAUCGAGCGGCUUAGCUCGGCACGAAGCAAUGAGGGUGUUAUUAAGAACGAUUUCGGGUGUGAAGAGUCUCCGAGUUCGAUUUUUAGCUUGGAUUCUUCUUCUUAUGAAAAAAAGAAGUAUAAAAUGAAAAAGGGUUGGCAUUUACAUCUAUACAUUACUCAGCUUCCAUGUGGGGUUUUCUCGACCUCCCAGUUGCCGCCGUCAUCUGUAGGAUCUCUUUCUUCAGAACAAAAGUUAAAUCAUGAUAAUAAAGUUAGUGGUUCUUUUGGCUAUUCUUUAAAUGGUUGUCCAGAAGUUGUUGGGACGGUUCAAAAGAAGCCAGGACGUGGCGAUACAACCUUGUCAAUGAGCUGCUUUGAUAAAAUAACUCGUUGGAAUGUCGUGGGAGUCCAAGGAGCUUUGCUUUCUCACCUUCUACAACCAUUAUAUUUGUCUACCAUAACUGUGGGCAAACCAUCUACUGAUUUUCCUAUUGAAUUUUUUAUCAUAAAUGAUCUUGGAAGAGCUCUGCGUGAUCGCUUAGCUAUUCUAGAGAAUGAAUUACCAACUCCUUUUGCAGUGAACAAGCCGCUUUUCUGUGAGGCUCCUGUUCCUCCAACAGAAUUUCAACAAUCUUCUGGUGAUGCUUUAACAUGCGGGUAUUCUGUUUGCUGGAAUAAAUCUGGAUUGCAUGAAGUUGUCCUGGGAACAACUGGGAGAAAACAAGGCACGUCUUCUAAAGGGGCACGUUUUCCUUCGACAGAGUCAUUACUCUGCAAGAGAAGGCUAUUAGAAGCUUUUUUGUCACUACAACAUUCUUUGUGUGUCCAUUUUCAAGCUGAGGAAAUAUCUUACCGUGAACUGAAGGGCAUGGCUCGGGAGUACCAGUCUGCUCUCAAACUGCUAAGAGAUGGUCCGCUCUUCCACUCGUGGCCCUCGAAGCCUGCAAAAGCAAAAUUCGAGACCUUUUCAGUUGAUUCACAAUGACUACAUUGGCUCUUAGAAGCUAAUCACUGGACGCUUUCGACGCUCGUACAGAUUUUCGCGCCGCUAACUGCCACAUUGUGGCCAACACUCUCUUCAAAUCCACUUCUGUUAUAAAAAUGGUAAAUGGAAUGGGUGAAAGAAAGAUCGGUACAACGGGAGCAUCUUUUACUACAUAGUUUAUUAGAGGGAAACCUUUUACAUGGAAAAAAAAAGAAUUCUAAAUUCUAACCUGUUAGUAUGUUAAAGAGUGAUGUUCACACUAUUUUAGUUCUCUGAAUAGCUGCUAUGGAUGAUACCUAAAUAUAUUUGAAUCUUAUAUUCAGAUGAAUCAAACUAAAAUGAUAUCAUCACAAA